AUGAUAUUGCAACAUUGGAGAAAACUAGAGUUGAAAAUCAACAAAAAAUUUCAUUUUGAAUACUUAAAUAAAAGUUUGAACAAAAAAUUAAUACAUGAUAUUCAAAUAUCUAGAACAGGGAAAGCACUCAUAAAAAAAGGAACUGGAGGACGAUCAUCAAUUAGUGGACACAUUGCUACAGUUUUUGGAGCUACAGGCUUUCUUGGAAGAUAUAUUGUAAAUAAAUUAGCAAAACAUGGCACAACUGUAAUAAUACCGUGGAGAGAUCAAGACUCUAAAAGACACCUUAAAAUCUUAGGUGACCUCGGACAAAUUGUUAUGAUGGAAUUUGAUUUGCGAAACAAAACAUCGAUUGAAGAAUCCGUACGUCACUCAAAUAUUGUGUAUAACCUUAUAGGACGGGACUAUGAAACAAAGUAUAAUUUUGUUAUUAACAGAAACCCCCCGACUAAUAAUAGAAAUUUCUCUUAUAAAGAUGUUCAUGUUUAUGGUGCUGCAGCAAUUGCAGAAGCAUGCGUUAAAUACAAUAUAGAUCGCUUAAUACAUAUAUCAGCUCUUAAUGCAAGCAUAACAUCACCAUCGCAUUUUUAUAAAACAAAAGGUCUUGGAGAGGAAAUCGUCCAUAAUAUAUUUCCCGAAGUAACAAUAGUUCGUCCAUCAAUAAUGUUUGGUGCUGAAGACCGAUUUUUAAAUUUUUUAGCAAAUGCUAAAAUCUUAUUAACCAUAAAUAACAACCGUGAAUUAAUUCGACCUACAUAUGUAAAAGAUGUUGCUCAUGCCCUUGAAUUAAUGAUGUUUGAUGACUCUACUAAAGGUCAAAUUUAUGAAUUAUAUGGACCACAUGAAUAUUCAAUUGCAGAAGUUUUAACUAUGAUUACUCAUAUUAUACAUCGUCAACCUUGGCAUCUUAAUAUUCCUAAACCUAUUUUUUCAAUUAUUACAUCAAUUUUAAACUUAUUUUGGUGGCCAACUAUAGCCCCUGAUCAAAUUCAAAUGCAAUGCAUUAAUUAUAAAACUACAAGUAAUGCAAAAACUUAUACAGACUUAGGAAUAAAACCUCAUCAUUUAGAUAAACUUGCACCUAAAUACUUACGUAUGAAUACCCUCUGA